UAAGGAAGUGAACACUGAUUUUGCUGCGUCGUGAAUUAUUUCUAAAGGGACACGACGAUGAUCGCUGUGGGUAUUAUUUGUGCGGCGUUGGUCAUAUUAUUAUUAAAAUAUGUCUUCGGCGGACGCGGUCCUGAUCCCUUUGAGAAGGACAGUCGUGAACCUUUGAAGAAGAGGGUUUAUGAUAAGAAAGAGAAAAAUAAAGUGCUGAAGCAAGGCUUUGUGCCCAGUAAAGUACCGGAGAACCUGGAUGCUGUCAUCAUUGGUAGUGGGAUUGGUGGGCUUGGACUUGCUGUUCUCCUUGCCAAAGUUGGGAAAAAGGUUUUGGUUCUGGAGCAGCACAGCCGGGCAGGAGGAUGUUGCCACACAUUCACUGAGAAGGGCUUUGAGUUUGAUGUCGGAAUCCACUACAUUGGCGAACUGUUGCACCACAGGCCAUUUCGCUGCAUGCUGGACCAGAUGAGCAAUGGACAGCUAGAGUGGGAGCCUCUGGAGAACCCAUUUGACCACGUUCUGCUGGGACCUCCGGGAAACCGCCGUCAGUACCCAAUCUACAGUGGUGGGACUCGCUUCACAGAGGAACUGAAGAAGUGUUUCCCAGGAGAAGAGAAGGCUAUUGAUGAGUUCAUCAAGCUGGUCAAGAAAACCAAACAAGGAGUUUGGUUCCUCGUUUUGCUGAAGCUCCUUGCUCUCCCACUGGCUAAGUUCCUGGUCCACACUGGCCUUGUCAAGCAUCUGUCUUCCUUCUUUAAGAUGGCCCCCCGCAGCCUGACAGACGUGGUUAAUGAACUGACAGAAAACAAGGAUCUCAGGGCUGUCUUCAGCUACAUCUUCGGCACCUAUGGUAACAUACCCAAAGAUGCCAGCUUUGCUAUGCACAGUUUGCUGAUCAGUCACUACCUGAAUGGCGCCUGGUACCCUAAAGGCGGAGCUAGUGAGAUUGCCUACCACAUGAUUCCCAUCAUUGAGAAGGCAGGGGGUGCUGUUCUGGUUCGAGCCCCAGUCAACCGCAUCUUAUUCAAUGAUGCCAAGGAAGCUUGUGGCGUCAGCGUGAUGAAAGGUCAGGAGGAAGUACAUAUCCAUGCUCCUAUGGUCAUCUCUAAUGCUGGCAUUUUCAACACAUACCAGAAACUGAUUCCCAAAGACCUCCAGGCCAUGCCAGCUAUCCAGAAGCAGCUGAGUAUGCUGAAACAUGGUGAAGGUGGCCUGAGCAUUUUCAUGGGUCUGAAUGGGACAAAGGAGGAGCUGGGCCUGAAAGCGGACAACUACUGGAUCUUUUCUGAGAACAAUUUAGAUGAACUGGUAGAGACUUAUAAGAAGAAAGAGAGAGAAGAGGCAGCUAAAAAUAUACCACUGCUGUUUGUCGCCUCUCCAUCAGCGAAAGAUCCUACCUGGGAGGAGAGAUCACCGGGGAAGUCUACUUUGACUCUGGUCACAUUUGCCAAUUAUGAAUGGUUUGAGGAAUGGAAGGAUGACAAGGUGACAAACAGAGGGCCCGACUACAUGGAGCUGAAACAGACAUUCAUUAACACCAUUCUAGAGGUGGUUAUGGAAGUUUUUCCCAAGAUCACCAGAGACAAGAUUGAGUAUGUUGAUGCUGGAACCCCAAUCACAAACACAUACUACAUUGGAGCCCCCAGAGGUGAGAUCUACGGAGCAGAUCACGGCAUCGGGCGGUUCGACCCUGAGCUCAAUGCUACAGUGAGACCUCAGACUCCACUGAAGAACCUCUACCUGACAGGCCAGGAUGUGUUUUUGUGUGGUUUUGCCGGUGCCCUCGCCGGAGCUCUCACUUGUGGCUCGGUCAUUCUCAACCGUAACCUCCACCUGGACACCAUCGCCUUGGCAAAGAGGACCAAAAUCCUUAACUCCAAAAUGAAAAGGGAUUAAUAAAUAACAACUUAAUUUGUAUAGCACUUUUCAAGACACACUUACAAAUUGCUUCACAGUUUGAAUAACACAUAAUCAACCAUAUGGUCAGACAUUUAUUCCAACACACACACUUCUAAACACGCAAAUGAGAUCAGUGAAACCACCUUUUCUGUCAGUGCAAAGAUGUUUGACUGUUGAGGUUUAAAUUGUGAAAAAUAAACAUGUAAGAUUACAGAAAAGGGUUCUGGUGGCUCACUUGACUGUCCUGUAACUAUAAAACAAAGUUUUUGUUAAUUCACAAAAGAAAUGUCCCUUUUUUCAUUACUGUGGACCCAUUGUAAAAAGCAGAAAUUUCAGCGGUAGAUAAAGAAAAACAGGAACAUUUCUGUCAUUUAAUUUUUUAUGUAUUACUUUGGUGUAGCAUGAAUGGCUGUGUGGGGAGGUCUUUAUCAGUAAUAAAAGCUGUAAAGCUAAUGAAAAUACAACUAAAACUCCAAAAUUCAUGGCCUCCUUCACCCCUGCUUUAUACAGUCUGGUUUACACAUUAUAACAGUUUCUCCUUUUAAGAUUAAA